AAAUUUUAUUUUUUUAAAAUGAAAAGUAAUAGUUAAAGACUUUUUACAUUGUACCGACAAUGAAUUAUCUAAAUGAUAAGAGUCCUGAUCCCUUAUAGCCCCUCUUCGCUCUCUAGCCGACUGAUCCUGUUGAUCAUAUAACUAGGAGGGAACAUGUCACAUUAGAGUAAACAUGUGGUCGAUUUUUGACUCAUGCGUAUCCCAAAAAAAACUUUACAUUGCUUACAAAAAAUAGAUUUUGCAUAAAAAUAAAAAAUAAACAAUAGUAAUCACCUACUUAGAAAUUCAUUUUUCACCCAAACACAUACAUAGUAAACUGAAUUCACGGGGGUGGAACUUGGAAGUGAAGAAUGUUCACAAAUUAUGGUUCUUCAACUCACUUGUGUGUCUUGUAGUAUCAAUUAGAUUCCUUUCAAUUUCAGUUUCAUUUUCCAAUUAUUUCUAUAAAUAAAUUUUUGUUUGUUUUCUAACAUGACAUAGAUAGUUGGUACAGCAAUACCAUAUAUCCCACUUUCAUUAUCUUUAUUACUUCAGUUAGGUUCAUUUCAUCUUUAUCAACUGCACAAAAGGAAACAAUAACCUUUGUUUUCUGCUACCUUUCUUUUCUUCAUACCCUUUCAUUCUCUAACAGCUUCACAAAGAUUUGGUCAACAGAACAAACAUAUUGCAGUUGUUAACCAUAUCCUUUUUCUUCUUUGUUUUCUUAUUCUCAAGUGGUCUUUUUCUACACCAUAUGAACUAGUACUUGCAACUUGCAAUGUGUCAUCAAACUGAAUCAUGAUGAACCUUAACACCCUCUUGAAAGUUUCAUCUUUUUUUCUUCUAGUGCAACUUCAAUAUUCAGUUGCUCUUAACUCUGAUGGAAUUUUCUUGCUUAAUUUCAGAUACUCAAUCCUUAGUGACCCUUUAUCAGUCUUUGAUAACUGGAACUAUGAUGAUGCAACUCCAUGUUCAUGGCAUGGAGUUGCAUGCAGUGAAUUAGGAACUCCUAAUACACCUGAUUCCUUUAGAGUAACUAGCUUAAUCCUUCCAAAUAGUCAACUUCUUGGUUCCAUUACAGAAGAUUUAGGCUUAAUCCAAAACCUUAAUCACAUUGAUCUCUCAAACAAUUUCCUCAAUGGUUCAUUACCAAACACUAUCUUCAACUCUUCUCAACUACAAUAUCUUUCACUCUCCAACAAUGUCAUCUCAGGUAAACUACCUGAGCUGAUUGGUUUAUCAACAAACCUUCAAAUUCUCAACCUUUCUGAUAAUGCCUUUGUUGGUUCCAUACCAAAAAACCUCACUUCUCUACAGAAUCUAACAGUUGUUUCUUUAAAAAGUAACUAUUUUUCUGGUCAAAUUCCAAAUGGGUUCAACUCAGUUGAGAUUCUAGAUCUGUCCUCCAAUUUACUCAAUGAAUCUCUUCCAAAUAACUUCCAAGGCCAAAAUCUUCAAUACUUCAAUCUCUCUUAUAACAAACUCUCUGGAGCAAUUCCACAAACAUUUGCUAAGCACAUUUCUGCAAACUCAACAAUUGAUCUCUCUUUCAACAAUCUAACAGGUCCAAUACCUGAAUCUAUGGCUUUACUCAAUCAAAAAACAGAAUCAUUCUCUGGAAAUUCUGAUCUAUGUGGUAAACCACUGAAAAAUCUUUGUACUAUUCCCUCUAGUAUCUCAACCCCACCAGAAAAUAUCACAAACACAUCUUCACCAGCCAUUGCAGCUAUACCAAGAACAAUAGAUUCAUCACCAGGAACAAACACAACAUCAACAUCAACAACUAGUGAUUCUUCUCAGAAUGGUCUUAAACCUGCUACAAUAGCAGCCAUUGUUGUAGGUGAUAUACUUGGCAUGGCAAUUUUGGCUCUUAUCAUUCUUUUUGUAUAUCAACAAAGAAAGAAAAGAUAUCCAAAAUCAAACACUGCACUUCAAGAAACAAAAGUGUUAGAAUCUGUAGCAAAACAAGAUCAAGAAUCUUUAAAACCACACUCACUUCCAUGUUCUUCAUGUUGUUUAACAAUUAAACAAGAAGAGACAUCAGAAGAAGAUCCAAGUUCGGACGAAAGCGACCGCGACAUUAAUACUAUUACGGUCAAUAACCCGAAAGAAGGCACGCUUGUGACGGUGGAUGGCGAGACGAAGAUGGAUUUGGAGACAUUGUUGAAGGCAUCAGCUUAUAUACUUGGAACAAGGAAAGUGAGUAUUGUGUAUAAAGCAGUUUUACAAGAUGGAAGAGUUUUUGCUGUUAGAAGAAUUGGUGAGUGUGGUGUUGAAAGAAUGAAGGAAUUUGAGAAUCAUGUUAGAGGUAUUGCAAAGAUUAAGCAUCCUAAUUUGGUUAAGAUUCGUGGUUUCUGUUGGGGUGAAGAUGAGAAGCUUGUUAUUUCUGAUUAUGUUCCUAAUGGCAGUCUCUCAACUAUUGGUUACAGAAAAGGAGGUACGUCCCCAAUGAACUUGCCCUUGGAGGUGCGGUUGAAGAUAGCAAAAGGGGUAGCAAGAGGACUAGCAUUCAUUCAUGAGAAGAAACAUGUGCAUGGCAAUGUUAAACCAAGCAACAUUUUAUUAAAUUCAGAAAUGGAACCCAUCAUAAGUGAUUUUGGACUUGACUUACUUCUCAAGAAUGAUAUCAACCAUAGAGGAAACGGUUCAGCUAGACAAUUAGUGAACCAAAGAACCCAACAACAAAACCAAGAGCUUCUCAUUGGUUCAACAACUCCUACAAUGGGGUCAUCAUCAUCUACUAGUGGUGGUGUUGGUCAAGUGCAAUAUCAAGCACCAGAAUCUUUUCAAAACAUAAAACCAAACCACAAAUGGGAUGUUUAUUCAUUUGGUGUUGUUUUGUUGGAGCUUUUAAGUGGAAGGGUUUUCUCAGACCGGGAGUUAGACCAGUGGUCCAUUUCCGGUUCGGUUGAAGAGGAGAAAACCCGGGUUUUGAAAAUGGUUGAUGUGGCAAUUAAGCAUGAGAUUGAAGGUAGAGAAAAUGCGGUGUUCAGUUGUUUUAAGUUGGGUUUGAAUUGUGUUUCUCUUGUCCCACAAAAGAGACCGUCUAUGAAGGAAGCACUUCAAAUUUUGGAGAAGAUCCCUACCGUUGGUAUUAAUUAAUUAAUUGUUGCCAUAUAUAAUGAUAAUGAUGUAACUUGAACCUCGUUUUGAUAUCAAUGUGUUAGCUUUUUCCAACUUUUGUUGACUUGAAUUAGUAUGAACAAAGGAAAAGAUUAUUGGAAAAGAUGUGUUUGUUUAUUAGUGAAUGGAAUCUUUGUCUUU